GCGCUUCCUGGCGGCGGCGGCGGAAGCGGCGGCGGCGGCCGGGCCGGGUCCUGUGUCCCGCCGCGUCCCGGACAAGGCGGCAGCAUGUCGGUGGCGGGGCUGAAGAAGCAGUUCUACAAGGCGAGCCAGCUGGUCAGUGAGAAGGUCGGAGGGGCUGAAGGGACCAAGCUAGACGAUGACUUCAAGGAAAUGGAAAAAAAAGUGGACCUGACCAGCAAGGCGGUUACAGAAGUAUUGACCAGAACAAUAGAGUACCUCCAGCCGAACCCAGCUUCCAGAGCCAAGCUAACCAUGCUCAACACGAUGUCGAAGAUCCGCGGGCAGGUGAAGAACCCCGGCUACCCGCAGUCGGAAGGGCUGCUGGGGGAGAGCAUGAUCCGAUACGGCAAGGAGCUGGGCGAGGACUCCAACUUCGGCGAUGCGCUUCUUGAUGCUGGCGAAUCUAUGAAGCGGUUGGCUGAAGUGAAGGACUCUCUGGAUAUUGAAGUCAAACAAAAUUUUAUUGAUCCCCUCCAGAACCUGUGUGACAAAGACCUGAAAGAGAUCCAGCACCAUCUCAAGAAGCUGGAAGGCAGACGCUUGGACUUUGACUACAAGAAGAAACGACAGGGCAAAAUCCCUGAUGAAGAACUUCGACAGGCCAUGGAGAAAUUUGAAGAGUCCAAGGAAGUAGCAGAGACCAGUAUGCACAAUCUCCUAGAAACCGAUAUCGAGCAGGUGAGCCAGCUCUCAGCCUUGGUGGACGCCCAGCUGGACUACCACAGGCAGGCAGUGCAGAUCCUGGAUGAGCUUGCGGAAAAACUCAAACGCAGAAUGAGGGAGGCCUCCUCACGUCCCAAGCGGGAAUACAAGCCUAAACCCAGGGAGACGUAUGACUUUGGAGACACUGACCAAUCUAACGGGGGCUUCUCUUGCAAUCCUACCCCCAAAGUCUCAGCUUCCUCCUCUUUCCGAUCCGACAAGCCGUCCCGGGCCUCCGUCAGGAGUAUCCCCCCCCUGGACCAGCCCUGCUGCAAGGCUCUCUACGACUUCGAACCUGAAAACGACGGCGAGCUGGGCUUCAAGGAAGGCGACAUCAUCACCCUGACCAACCAGAUCGACGAAAACUGGUACGAGGGCAUGAUCAACGGCCAGUCGGGCUUCUUCCCCCUCAACUACGUGGAAGUGCUGGUUCCGCUACCUCAGUGAAACGGCAUCGCUCCUGUCCCCCCUCCGCUGGCGCGGGGCCGAGCCUCCAUUCCACCUCCAUCCCGACAGGGCCCUGUCCGCCGGCGGGGCUGUGUUAUCUCUGCGUCGCCUCGGGGCGAGAUUGCCACCAGGGAACAAGCCAGAAGGGUCAGACGGCCCUCUUACCCUCUGUGAAUUUGGUUAUUUUGAUUUUUUUUUUUUUUUUUUUGUCCUUCUGGUGCUUGAACUUCGGUACUUUGCGCGCCCUGCCAAGCCCACCCCCUCCCCGGCUGUACGAUUUGUCGCAGGCCUCUCCUCCUUUGGGUCGAGCAUCGAGGUGGGAGAGAACGGGAUGCAGCCUUCACACCGAGCAUCAGCGUGGGGACGCACGCAGCCCGGGGGUGAGAGUGGGGGGGCAAAGCAGCCCCCAGCCUCACCCAGGGGCACAGCCUUCCCCCCCACACCCCCCCACACCCCAUUGAACACUACCCCUCUCCCCAUUCCCGGGGGGCUCGGGGUGGGGGGAUACCGUGGCACAACAACACUACGACACCCAUCAAACACUAAGCCAGCCCCGCGGCGCAGGUGCUGAGCCCUGCCUGGGGCUCGGUGCCAUCCCCCCCCCCCCCACCCCGGAGGGACAGAGCAGCGCUGGCCCCUGCCCGCCGUUAGCCCCCUCCCCACAGAGCUCGACUCCAGAGGGGGUGGCUGCUCCCUUCUGCCCUUUUAUUUUAAAUAUUUUACGUCAGGUUGCUUCUGGACAGUGGGUUUUUUGUCCUAUAAACUCUCCCAUCAGAGCUGGGGGGUAAUUUUGGGGGAAUGGGGCCGCAGCCCGGGGUCUGCCCGCCGCAGGGCAGAGCAGGUCGUGGUUCCUCUCCCCGCGGCUGCGGGGCCGGAGCUCGGCUGAUCCUCAUGUGCCUUUCCUGCCCGCUCUGCCCCACCGUGACCCUCCUUUUGGGGGGGGUGGGGGGUGGGGGGGGAGGGAUGGGGAGGGGAGCAGCGUGUCCCUCUGCCCCCAGCUUUGGUGGGAAAAAGUAUCGUACAGCUGGGUGCUGCUUCUGCCACCCCCCGGCAUCCCCGCCUGCCCCUUCUCGUGGGGGUUGGGAUGGGGCCCGGCAGCGGCAGCGCUCGCCCCGUCUCUCACUUGGCUCCGUGGUUUUCUUUGCUAGAAAAGUGGGGGGUUUUUUUUCCCCUUCCCUCAGCCUUGGCUGGGUUCUGGCACCUCUCCUCCAUCCCCGCCCGACCGGGGGCCGAGCCCCAGCUCGGCACCGGGCCCGUGCCGCAGCACGUCCCUGCCCCUGUCGCUCCCGGCUCCUGUUACAGUCACACAGCCCCUUCUCAGUGAUUUUAGCCGUGCAUGUCGCUGUAUGUCCGAUCCCCUGCCGCGCCGCGCUCCGAGCGGUGACCCCGGUUGGGUUGGGGGACACGGGGCAGCUUCCCCCUCGCUCCCAGCAGCGCAGGGAGCCCAAGGGACCGGUGUCCCCUCGCCGGUGGGGACCGGGGUCACGUCCCGGGAAUUCUGGCUUCGGCUCAGGUGGAUUGAAAUGCGUUUUGUCAGCUGGGACAAGUUGUUAAGACCUUUUUUUGUAAUGGUUUCUCCUGGUUUAUUAGGGGAAAAAAAGACGACCCACAAAUCUCGACUUGUAUCUCUGAAUGAAAGUAUUAAAUGUUUUCUUCUUUCUAA